AUGCCAGCAAGAUCACAACCAACCCCUUCAAAUCAAUAUACCUCACCAAGAUCAGCAUCUGAUCAAGAAGAAUCUGAUCAAGAAUCAACUCAAAACAAACAAACUUCACAAGGUACACCACAAAAGAAAGUAUCAAAGAAAAGAACAAAAAGAAUUAUACCAAACCUUUCCGAUACAAAAUUUGCAAGUUUAAAUCAUACUAGAUUAAAAAAGGUUUGGCAAACCAAACAUAAAGUGUUUUCCAAAGGUAUUAUUCAAGGUUUUUACAAAUAUGUACAAAAACAAGGUUCGGAUUUUGUACUAGAUAUUUUAAAGAAGGAAGAAUUGUUAGUGUCAUUAGCCCAUCACUUUGUAAAAUUAUUUUCAGAAACUUUGGAAGCAAGAAGUGAAGAAGAGCUUACUGAAAGAGAAGAAGAAGACUUGAAAGAAAUUGUAUGUUAA